AUGGCYGCGAGAACCAUCAUCAUUGACCACGGGUCCGGCUUCCUGAAGGCCGGGCUGUCGGGCUGGAACGAGCCGCAGAUGGUGGUGCCCAGCAUCGUGAACUACAUGCCCUGCAGGGAGAACCCCGGCCCCAGCUACGCCCAGAGGCGCGUGAGCCUGGGCAUCGACAUCUGCCACCCCGAGACCUACAGCUACCCCAUAGAGCGCGGCCGCRUCCUCAACUGGGACGGCGUGCAGCACAUCUGGACGUUCGUCCUGGAGAGGCAUCGGCAGGGGCACGAGGACUUCCCCGUCAUGAUCACCGAGACGCCCCGCAGGGAGCCCACGGACCGAAAGAAAACCCUGGAGAUCAUGUUCGAGCUCCUGGACGUGCCGUCCCUGCUCCUGGCCGACCAGCUGGAGAUGUCCCUCUACGCCUCGGGGCUCCUGACGGGGGUCGUGGUGGACUCGGGCUACGGCCUGACCCGCGUGCAGCCCUUCCACCUGGGCCGGCCGCUGCCCGACAGCGGGAAGACCCUGGAGCUGGCCGGGCAGGACCUCUCCGCCUACCUCUUCCAGAGCCUCUUCAAGGAGGGGCCCAACCGGCACGACCUGUUCCAGCUGGAUACCGUCGCGUCCACCCAGAUGGGCAAGUGCUACGUGCCGCAGAACCUGGGGGAGGCCCUGGACUUCCGCCAGAGCCUGCCCAGCGGCGCGGACGAGAGCAACACCUACCAGCUCCCCGACGGCACCGCGGUGGAGCUGACGCCCAUGCAGCGCCUGAGCCCCGAGAUGUUCUUCAGCCCCCAGGUGUUCGACCUGCAGGGACCCGGCAUCCCGCAGGCCGUGGCCGAGUCCAUCUCGUCCUGCGAGGCCUCCAGGCACCCCCUGCUCCUGUCCCACGUGAUGGCCUGCGGCGGGAACAGCCUCUACCCGGGCUUCACCAAGCGCCUCCAGAAGGAGCUGACCUCGGGCCACUUCCCCUCCACCAAGGCCACCACGUGGGUGGGCGCCAACCGGAACUUCAGCGUGUGGCUGGGCGCCUCCGUGGUGGCCCACCUGUCCACCUACAGGUCCGAGUGGAUGACCCGGGAGGAGUACACGGAGGGCAUGCGGCUGUGA